GAUUCAGAGGAGCAAACAUGACUGCUUCAUCCAUGGCGCACAACGUGGGGAGACAUCCCAGUGCCAAGGAGGAGAGAAAGAUGAGGAAGCCGCUGAUCGAGAGGAAAAGAAGAGAGAGGAUAAACAACUGUUUGGAUCAGCUCAAAGAAACUGUGAUCGGAGUGUUCAGACUAGAUCAAUCCAAACUGGAAAAAGCCGACAUCCUGGAGAUGACAGUGAAGCAUCUGCAAAACAUCCAGAGCAGCAACGACCCCACAUUAGGUCUGGAGGCUCAGCAGAAAUACAGCACCGGCUACAUCCAGUGUAUGCACGAGGUCCACAACAUGCUGCUCACCUGCGAGUGGAUGGACAAAACUCUGGGCUCCCGCCUGCUCAACCACCUCCUGAAGUCGCUGCCCAGAUCCAAGGAGGAGCGUCCCCUGCAACCCAGGAACGAUGCUCCUCUCCCGGGGUUCCCCAGCUCCCCACUCAGAGGAGACCCCCUGAGGCCCACCUGCCAUGGGAUGCUGGAGAUGUGGAGGCCCUGGUGACCCGCCGGGUGGCCUGACUCUCCGUUAUGUAUCUUAUAGAUAUGCUGCUCAGAAGACAAACGUGGGGCAGUUUUGUUCCAGUGGUUAUUGUGAUUAUUGUAGGUGUGCUAUGAUGAUUCAGACCUUUUCUCAGUACUUCCCUUUAGAAGACGACCUCUCGUAGCCUGCAUUAUAGAAGGCUCUUAUUAAUCUUUUGUGUAUUUAUUGUAUUAACAGCUUUAUUUAUUUUAUAUUAUAAGGCAUUUUAGAAUAUGUUGCUUGCUAUUGCAUAGAUGUUUAUGUAUUCCUCCUUUGCUGUAUGAUU